UGGAAACCUUAACCCUGGCUUGAAACCUUACCCUUUGUUUAGAAACCCAUCCGAACCUAACAAUCAGUUUGAGCUCGCUCUGUUACUGUACAAUGUCGGUGGGCAGAAACCCCCUUACAGGGUGCAAGCCAAAGCCGUCACGUCGUCAGAAGAGGAGGCCAUCGCCAUGCGCUCCUCGCCGUGCGACGCCGACAGAUACCUGAGGGUCCUCCACUCGCCCGCAUCUGACUACCACAUCCUGGACUUCCUUGGGGAGGGCACCUUCGGCGACGUGGUCAAGUGCUUGAAGACGGCCACCAGGGAGGAAGUCGCCGUCAAGAUCUUCAAGCACAUCGACGCCCUGGACACGUUUAAGAAAGAGGCCAGCACAUUGCAAACCUUAAUGGAUUUCGACACGGACAAAGUCAACUUGAUCCAGUGCAAGAGCAUCUUUGUGGACAGAGCGUACAUGUGUCUCGAGUUUGAGAUGUUGGACAUCAACUUGUGGGAUUUUAUGAACACCAGACCCACCAAGUGCCUCCUUGUCAAGGAGAUCCGACCCAUUCUUCACCAGCUGGCCGUGGGCCUGCAUUUUCUGAACAGUAUUGGACUUAUCCACGCAGACCUGAAGCCCAACAACAUCAUGAUGGUGGAGCAUGUCAACCGGCCGUACAAAGUUAAAAUCAUCGACUUUGGCUUGGCCCAGCACGUUUCGGAGACCAAUCAGGGCCGACACUUUCAGAACCGCCGCUACAGGGCUCCAGAGAUCAUCCUCGGUUUUCCCUACGCGGAGGCUAUCGACGUGUGGUCUCUUGGUUGCAUUAUCGCAGAGUUGUUUUUGGGCUCUCCACUUUUCUACAGCACCUGUGAAUACGACAUGUUGAGAAAGAUCGAGCACAUCUUGGGUCAUCUUCCACAAAGACUUCUGAACAUUGGAGUCAACACGACUUAUUUUUACAAGAAGGAGAGGGCCUACCAGUCAUGUCACUGGAGACUAAAGACGCCCAACGAGUAUGGCUAUGUCGCCUGCACCGACAGUUUUAUCAACUCUCUGGAUGACCUUUGCAAGGUCAGACAAGUGGUCCACCUGUCGAAUGAGGACACCACAGCAGAAGUCCAAGACCAGGAGGUCUUUGUGGAUUUGCUGAAGCAGCUCCUGAGGCCUGACGCUGGCAAGCGACUGAUGCCCAGUCAGAUUCUCCAGCAUCCCUUCGUCACCCUGACUGACCUUGCACACAGCCACGCCAACAGCUUCUACAUGAAACUGAGCUGCGAAAUGAUGCAGGCCUGUCAGAAUCCAAGCUCUGGGACUCAGGUUGACACAUCUGCGGCCUCGCACCACGCCACUCGUCCCACUUGGCAGAUCCACCGGGAACAUCCUGACAUCGUGGGGAUCUCCUCGGGCAUCUCGAGGGGCCUCAACCUGGACAACCUCGACUCGGAGUCACACACGACUCUCUCGUCUCGGCUCCGUUUAGUCAACCUCCACAAGUCGCCAGACUCGCCUCCCCAUGAAAACAUGUGGCGCAUGGCAGGAGAACCACAACAGAAGGAGGAUCAGGAGUCAGUGCAGGAGCAAAGAGGGGCUUCCACCAUGAUGACCACCACAGUGGCUAAAUCGGAGCCACCAGCGCAAAACAGCAACCAAGUGCUAAAAAGUACCAACCCGGAUGGAAGACGGACCACUAUCUCCAAUGGUGACCAAACAGCUACGGAAAUCCCCAACACGUUUACUGAAUCUGCAACCACCAGCAUGGCCACCGCGACGUCUUCAACGCCAAGGAGCAUCAACAACGAGCGGGCGAAAUGGAAGGCCAAGCCAGGAGGCAUCCGCGCACCAAAAGGAAAAGGAAGAUUGAAAAGGAGGAGACCGAGUUUGAGACCCGCACCAAACAGUUCGAGGGACUCACCGGUAACAAAGAAGAGAAAAAUGAACACAACACCGGAAAGUAGUAACGGGGCUAAUCCCCCUGCCGCGAAUACAACCCAGUCUACAGCGAAACCGACAGAGCGCAUUGUGAAAACGAAAUCUGAUGGCGUCCCGACAAAAAGUAAAACACCAAAGAGCAAAAUGGCACGGAACACUUACUCAGCCUGGAGGAGGAGGACUGAAUCCGCGCGUAAAUUGAAGACCGAUACCAGCGAAAGGGCCAAAGCUACGACCAAAACACAGACCCCUUCUGGGAUUACAAACCGCAGUGGUGCGGAUAGUGACAAGACCCAAAAAAAGAAAGACAAGACGUGACGGUGUCCAAACACUUUGUUACCUUCCCAAAGAAGAGAGGAGUGGUUUCACUUAUUGUGAUCAUAGUCUGGUCCGGCAGAAGAUCAGAACCUAAGGAGGCGACCAAAGCAAUAAACCCGGUUGGGAAAGGAUAUGAGCUGUUGAUGGCCCUGACAGAGUCACAACAGAAAGAGAAGAUGAGUUCCUGGUGGAGGUCCAGGUUUCGAGGCUCAGCCUGAAAGCAAGGACUCUUCAAAUGAUACCGAUGGGUACAAAAAAAAAA